AUGGCGGCGGUGGUAGGCAGCGAUGGGCUGCGCAAGGGGCCAUGGACGGCCGUGGAAGACGAGCUACUGUGGCAGCACGUCAGGCAGUACGGAGAGGGCAAUUGGAAACCUGGUGUAGCACCACACGGGCUUGGCGCGCUGUGGCAAGAGCUGCCGAUCCUUGAGUCGACUCACAAAAUCCCCACGUUCUCCUCCCCCUUCCCCCUCCCCUGUUCUCUCUGCUGGCAGUACGGAGAAGGCAAUUGGAACCUGGUGCAGCAGCACACGGGCUUGGCGCGCUGUGGCAAGAGCUGCCGGCUGCGGUGGGCGAACCAGCUCCGGCCGAACCUAAAGAAGGGCGGCAUCACAGCAGAGGAGGAGCGCACCAUUGUGCGCCUGCAGCAGCAGUACGGCAACAAGUGGGCGCGGAUAGCAUCACACGUACGUGGGAGGAGAGGAGGGAGGGACUUUGAUGGUGAUUCUCUACCGGGUCGCACGGACAACGAGAUAAAGAACUUUUGGAACACGAGGCAGAAGCGGCGCAACAGAACAAGCAUCUUCUCAUCCGCUCUUGGCUCCUCCUCGGGUCCUCGCAACCUCGCCAUUGCUCCCAGGAUUCUACCCUCCUCGUCGUCCCGAGCGGCUUCUCACGCUUCUCGGGUUCCACUGCCCUCCUCUUCCUCUGCUCUCUGCUCCAGCACUCGUGAUCUCACAGCAGCACCAAUGGUAGCUGCUCCUACAAUCGGCAGCGGCGGCGGGGGAAUCAUGGCGGGUGCUGGAGCCACGUACGCUCAUCUGGGGCCGCUCGUAAGAGGCGAGUGGCAGCAGCUGCUGCUGGGGAGCAGCAGCGAGGAGGAAAUGGUGAAGGGGGAGCAUGCAAGGGGGCAGAUGCGGGGAGAUGCGAGGGCGAGUGCAAUGGCAGUGGAUCAUUCGGGAGACGUGGGUGCGGGAGACGUGCGGCUGCUGGCGAGGCAGCAGCAAUGUGGGCCAGAGGUGCUCCGUGCUUCCUCGGGUGUUCUAGGGGGCCCUGCCACAGAUGCUGGUGGUGCUGCUGGUGGGGAUGGAGGAGCAGCAGGAGGAAGAGGAGAAGGAGGAGGAGGUGGAGAAGGGGGGUGUAAGUCUGCUGCAGUGGCCUCGGCUGCUACGAUCGUGUGGGGCGUGCACUCGCCUCUUGCAUCGCUGCUGCAGGUACCCGCUCCCUCCUACUCCGCACUGCAGCCUCAACCGCAGAUGCAGCAACAAUGGCAGCAGCAGCAGCAGCAGCAGCAGCAGCAGCAGCAUUGCCAUCAAAAUGCUCAGCAGCGCUCUGGUGAGAUUAGCAAGGGCGCGUCGGCUCUGGUAUUCACCACCGCCACUCAUUGGAACACAAGGAGCACGGCUGCAGAGGACGCAAAUGCACAGCAGCAGAACCAUGCAGACAGGCAUGGGCAGGAGGACGGUACAGUGAAUGACAUGGGGGAUAGGGAAAUGAUGGAUUCUGAGGGGGUGGAGCAGGUGGGUAUACUGAACGCUGGGAAUACAGAUGGCCUGAGCGGUGGGGGUGUUACCACUAAUAUUACCCCCAUGAGUUGUGCGGGUAUUGGCACUGAUGGCCCCACUGGCAGAUGCGGGUACAACACAUGCGACGGGGACAGUUGGAUGGCAGAGGCCAUGGAUGUGUGGCUGGAUGGUGGUGGUGCUCAUGCCACGCAUGGCCCCCAUGCUGGUCAACUCGGUCAACUCGGUCAACUUGGUCCUCCCGGUCGAGCUGGUCAGCCUGAUCAACCCGGUCAACGUGGUAAAUGUGGUGGUGGCGAGGUGGAGCAGGUGGUGCUGGCAGCACAGGGCGGCACAGGGCACAGUGUUGUCACUGCUGCUGCUACUGUGUCUGGGCCGAACAACAUCGGAGCUGUGAGGAGCAAAGAGAGCAGUGGGUGGAGUGGGCACAGGGAGGGCAGGGAAGGCAGUGAGAAUGCUGGUGGACCGGCAGCAGCAGCAGCAGCAGCAGCAGCAGCAGCAGCAACAACAACAACAGGCACAGAAGAAGCAGCAAGAGGUGCAAGAGCGAUGGGAGCAGCAUGUGUGUUUUCGGGGCCUGUGAAUACCUUUCUUGACAGCCACUGGCAGCCGUUGCUUCAAGAUGCCGCCCUGCUCUCACACCCAUUGCAGCCGCAACAGGAGCAAGUUGUGCCAAACCUGCAGGGGCAGCAGCAUCACCAGCAGCAGCAGCAGCAGCAGCAGCAGCAGCAGCAGCAGCAGCAGCAGCAGCAGCGGAAAAGGAGCACGCUGGAUGUACUGGGUCGGCAGCAGUCCCUGCCACAGCCGGAGCUCCACCAGCCGCUCUCAAGGCUAGUCCGCAGGCGCGGAUCCCUGCCGGACAUGCUUCACGAGCUGCCAGCCCCUCAGGUUCCCCCCUCAUCGUCUGCGCUUCUCCCUGUGCCAAACCUCCCUUCGCAGCUCCAGUGUAGUGAUUACUCGGGCCAUAGCUCUGGCGCUGCUGCUGCUGCUGCUGCUGCUGCUGCUGCUGCUGCUGCUGCUGCUGCUGCUGCUGCCGUCUCCCACCUGCAGAUUGAUGCACCUGCAGGCCCAGCAGCAGCAGCACAAGUGCAGAGGGGGCGUGGCACGGGGCAUGCGGCAUCUCUCCCUGCGUCCCCUGCGAGAGAGAGAUGUGGAAGACGCAGGAAUGAUGGAGUGGAGAGGUGA